UCGUCGGGACUUGGAAAGUGACCGGGCAGGGGGGGGGGAGAGACAGGAUUCGGGGGGAGAUGGGAAUAAGUCGUUGUUUCGAAACAUCGCCUUUGUGCGCGCUCGGAGCCGCGGUGUGACGUUCAGGGGCAACUUACCGUCCGUUCGUGUUUGUCUACAUCUUCUUCUCCGUGGAACUCCAGCGGCGCUAGCUAGCUUAGCAGCCCGCCGCCGACAGAGCCAGACACACAGAGGACGGACCCUCAGCUCCUGGCCCAGUUCUACUAUGCUGAUGAAGAGCUGAACCAGGUGGCCACUGAGCUGGACAGCCUCGACGGCAGGAAGGACCCUCAGAGAUGUACCCUGCUGGUCAACCAGUUCCGAUCCUGUCAGGACAAUGUGUUGAACAUCAUCAAUCAGAUCAUGGAUGAAUGUAUCCCCAAUGACCGGGCCAACAGAGACUUCUGUGUGAAGUUCCCCGAGGAGAUUCGUCAUGACAACCUGGCAGGGCAGCUGUGGUUUGGGGCUGAGUGUUUGGCUGCCGGCUCCAUCAUCAUGAACAGGGAGAUAGAGAGUAUAGCUAUGAGACCCCUGGCUAAGGACCUCACUCGCAGCCUGGAGGAGGUUCGCAACAUCACCCGAGACCAGGCCCUGAGAGACCUCAACUUGUACACAGACCGCAUGAAGGACGCACUGCGACAUUUUGACAGCCUUUUUGCUGAGUUCGAGCUCAGCUAUGUGUCAGCCAUGGUGCCUGUGAAGUCUCCCAAAGAAUACUAUGUACAGCAGGAAGUGAUUGUGCUCUUCUGUGAGACUGUGGAGAGGGCCCUUAAACUUGACUAUCUAACACAGGACAUGAUCGAUGACUAUGAACCUGCACUGAUGUUUACAAUUCCCAGACUAGCCAUUGUGUGUGGGCUGGUUGUUUAUUCAGAGGGGCCUCUCAACCUACACCGAAAGGCAGAGGACAUGUCUGAGCUCUUCCGGCCUUUUCGCACUUUAUUGAAGAAAAUAAGAGAUCUGCUGCAGACCUUAACUGAAGAGGAGUUGAUAAUGCUGGAGAGGAACCUGUGUAUCUCUCAGGGCGGGGAGUUGUCCACAGGCGAGGGGCCGGCUACAAACAGUGUUCCAGCACCGAUCCAAGAAGAUCAGUCAUCCUGCAGCCCUGCUAAUGACACCUCCAAUGUGGAGAGUGAGGGGGAGCAGGAGCAUGUGGCUCCUUAUGUCUGUCCCAGUCAGGAGGAGGAGCUGGCAGAAGUGGAAAAGGGCUGGGAGGAGGUGGAGACUGAGAAGGGAGAGGAGGAGCAGGAACAGGGCCUGCUAUGUGAGGAGGCAGAGGAGGCUGAGCUGGCCUGCUCCAUGCAGUACGACGAGGAGGAACUGGAGCAGCUCAACAUGAUGGUGUAUCUUGUAGGAGACGAGAUGUCCACCCUGCUUUCACCUCCCAGUCAGGGUCAGUCCCCAGCCCGCAAUCCCAAACGAGGAGAGGUGGGAGGCUCCAGUGGGGCUUCCAGCACUGACGCUUCUCCCCGCAGGCUCCUGGGGAUCCGGGGAAGGACAGGCAUCUAUGUCGAGGAGGAAGACAGGGUUUUCUUCAUGGAUGACCUCGACGCAGCAGGAGACCACAUCACCAGCAUCUCAAGAGAGGCCUGUAGUUGUGUCGCCUCGCCGUUAAAAGUACCAGAGUCUGCUUGUCCUGGGCAACGAAAGCUGGGACCACGGCCAGACUCUGUUAGGAACGGCUGGUAUGCUGACACCCCAUCAGAGCAGCCAUGCUCACAGCCACGCAGCCAGAACACACACUGUCAUAACGCAAAGCUGCCGCCAUGCACCACCGCUCCUCGCUCCGAACCUAUGCCUUACACAAACGGGUGGGAGAUGGGUUUAGAGGGGACAGCUUCUGAAACUGCUGAGGUCAUUGCCCACCGUAUGGGUGGGAUGAAGCUGUCUGCCACGGUCAUCUUCAACCCUCGCUCCCCGAGCUUGACGGAGCUGGCCGUGGACAAGUUGCUGCUGCCGCGGCCCACUCCCUCUGAGAUUGAGCCCUGCAGCCCUCUGGUGGCCACUCACUGCCUGCUUAACUCGUGUGUCUGCUGUGGGAGCUGUGAGGACGGCCACGAUGAUACCAACAUCACUGAGACCACCGGACUUGGCCUAGGGCUCACCCUGGGACUGGACAAACACUCUAAGACCGCAGCCCCCAGCACCGUCAUCCAGACGUCUGCUUGUCGGUUGCCCCCUCGAGGUCACGAACCUCACAGUAAGGGUGAGCUGACCCAGGUGACUCUGCCAUCGUCCCGCAGCUCUGCAGAGAUGCUGGAAGAGGAUUCAAACUCCCAGCUCUGUGAGCAGUGCCUGGUGUUGGCUCCAGGGCCGGGGCAUCACGCUCAGGACUGUAGCUCCAGUGGAGGGGACGGAUCCCCCCCAUGCAACCACCAACCGAGGACAGUAAAGAGGCAGCAGGGCAGUGGAGGCCGACAUAGUGAUAAGGAGAUGGAUAAAGACAAGCCAGGAACUAAAGAGAAGAGGGACGCCAAAGAGGACAGCAGGAGGAGCUCCAGUAUUUCUUUGGUUGUUUUUAGUUUCCAGAACUCUCCCCUCAGCUCUGUGUCAGGUAGUGACUGUGAAAGUGUGUCGGUCACCACAUGUAGUCUGUCAACCAGUUCAUAUUCUCCCAGCCCGGUGAGCAGUCUGACUCCCAGCUCGGGGAUGUCUGAGGACCCGGACCAUCGAGAGAUCCAGCUGGCCGUGGAAGACGCCAAGGUGGCUGCCAGGAACAAGAUCCGAUCACGCUUUCACAGCAGCAGUGACCUCAUCCACCGUCUCUUUGUCUGUAUAUCAGGUGUUGCUGAUCAGCUGCAGACCAACUAUGCCAGCGACCUUCGCAGCAUCCUCAAGACUCUGUUUGAAGUCAUGGCAACCAAGUGUGAGGAGGGAGACAAUGAUAAGAAAGCAGGUCCUGUGCUGCGUAGUGCCGUGCUGGAGGACUGUGCUCUCUGUCAGGAGACCAUUUCUUCAUCUGAAUUGGCAGCCAAGGCGCGGGAGGGCCAGUUCGAAGACCCUCCUGACUGGGUCCCUGAUGAAGCCUGCCAUUCCUGCAUUGCCUGCAAGGCUCCUUUCACUGUCAUCCGCAGGAAGCAUCACUGUAGGAGCUGUGGAAAGAUCUUCUGCUCUCGCUGCUCCUCCCACUCUGCACCGUUGCCCCGAUAUGGCCAGGUGAAGCCCGUCAGGGUGUGCACACACUGCUACAUGUUUCACGUCACGCCCUUCUACAGCGACAAGGCUGGCAUCUGACCCCAGGUUUUCAAAGACAGCGCACAGUCCGCCUCAACAAGAUCAUAUGCAACAGACAAAUCCACGGUUGUGUACAAAGCAAUUGCCACAAUGCUCUGGUAAACGGAAGUGGUCAUCAUUGUUCCUGCUAAGCAGGGCUUCCGAGUAAGCCCAUUAAAGAUGACAGAGCAGAGAGACCAGCCACCAAAUGAUGAAAAAAACUGUUUCUGAAGAGAUGCUGGCGCCUCGUCGGGAACCACAGGGUUUGAUUUCUGAGAACAGCCGACACAAAUGAUUCACAAAUGCCUGUGUGAUUAUAGGAGUCACAAAAACAAGAAAGGAAAUGAACAGGCUAUAAUGGAUUUUGAACUGGCAUCGUGCAACAGUCUUCUGUAGCAGUUUGCAACACAACAUCAGAACAAACCACUUUGUUUUUUUUGUUGCUCUAGGUGUAAAUGAAAGGACUUGUGUCAUAUUUUCCUAUGCUUUAGUGGGCUUCCUACAUUUGUGCCAGAGCUCCCUCGAGACUCGGAUUACUCAAAAGAAUGUAAGUCAUGAUAACUAUGUAAAUAAGGAUAAUUCUGGUAAUAGCUACACUAAAAUGUCUUCAGCAAACAGAUGCUAUGUAUGGGAACUGGACACCGAUCUUCCCCAGGCUACCAGUCCCAGCAAAGCAAAAAUCAGAAAAAAACAAGAUGACUUUUAUAUUGAGAUUCCUUCAUGUUCUCAUGUCGAUGAAUGUGUAAUUCUGUACCACUUUGAACAACGGGGGUCUAGAUUCCAACAAGACGGACUGUUCGGCUCUUGAUGGUGAUGGGCUGUGCCCAAUGCUUUUUAAGAUGCACUAUGGCAUGUUUAGUCUUCUCUGGGGACUGGCUGCACACUGACAUGGAUAAAAGGGAUUCCCUAGUCAUCGCUAUCAGAUCUCGAAAGCCCCCUAGUGGAGAGUUGAGCUCUCUUGGCUCAGUGCUUUCAUCACCAUGAUGUGAACAAUUUGUUUUGAACCAUAGGCCUUCUCAGGGGCUGGCCUACAGACUACAGGCCAAUUAUUGCCCUUUUGGUUUUCCCUUCCUCACACUUGUUAACGUGCAAUAUUACUACGAGCUACAGUGGUUCUGCACACUUUAUAGGCAGUCGUUUGCUAUUGAAAUUGUAGUUUUAGGCCAUUUCUGGAUAGCAAAGCUAUGCUGGUUUGUGUUUACACUAAAUUAUUACCACCUUUGGCUCAGGUGGUAUUGUCAAGCUGGAACAGAUAUUUGUUUCCCAGACUGACAUGAUUACAUCUGACUCCCGUUCUGCUCUUGAAUCUGCUGCCAUUGCAAUGAAAACAGACAAAGUAUCUCCCCCGCUCUUAAUAUAUGAAACUUUGUACAUCUGUACCAUCUGAAGUGGCCGUCCGACACAUAUGGACCUUUGAGCAGCAACAGUCUCAAAUCAUGUCCAUUCUGCUCCGACUUAAAGCAGUUUCUCAGGCAUUGCAUAAUCAGAAUCACUAACCACUGUUGGAUAGAUCUUAUUUUCAUCAAAGAACACAUAAACUUUUCUUUUAUAAAGAACAACAAUUAUGUAUGAAGGUAUAAUUACUU